UUCCCCCCUCUGUCACGUUUUUAUUUCCAUGUAGAUUUAUUUAUUUAUUUAUUAUUAUUGAAGACACACACAAGUAAACAGUUGACAAGAGUACAAGACUGUUUGUUUUUAUUCUGUUAUUAAAUUUAUUUUAUUUUUUUCAUUUUAUUUCGUCGUGUGUCUUUGAUCGGGUCAGUUGUAAUUCUCUCUGCUCAUCCAUCAAAUUAGUUGUUAAAAAUUUUUUUUUUUUUAUCAAUAAAUAAUAUAAAAACAUUAACAUAAUUUAUUAACUUUAUUAUUUAUAAAUUUACGGCGUAAAUAAAUUUAUUUUUGCCAGUUAAAAAAACUGAAAAUUAUUAAUUUUUUAGUCGGUUUUUUUUGUUUAAAGAAAAAAAAAUUUAAUAAUAAUCGAUUUUAUUUUCGUCAGUAUUACAAAUAGGUAUAUAUAUUUUCUAUAAUUUUUUUUUAUGAAAAAAUAAAUCAGCACAAGUUUCAAUUAAAUCAUUUAUUUAAAUUGAGAAAAAAAAAAUGUGAGGAAUGUUGUGGUAUUUAGUUGUGACAUAAAUUUACCAUGCUUGAAAAAAGUCUACUUUGAAGGUUGAAUUUUUUUUUUUUCUUAUUUCUUUUAAUUCCUAAAAUACAUUAAGUAAUAUUUAAAAAAAAAAUUUAAAAAUAUCAACAUUCAAUAUGGAGCAUGAAGAAAAAGAUAAAAUACUUUUGUUGAUUGAAAAUUUGGCUGAUCUUCCAUGUACUUUGGUUCAACAAAAUUUGAAUAAAUACAUACAAAAUGAAACUGGUGCUAAAUUAUCAUUUCUUGCACCAAUAUUACAAGAAACAGAAGAAAUUGUUGUUCAUGUUGUUGGUGAUGAAAUUCUCGACAGGGGUCUUCGUUUUUCGAUAUCUGAUGAUAUUUUAAAUGAAACAUUAAAAACAAGAAAAUCAUUGGAUCCAGAACCAUCAAAGCUUGAUUAUGAAUUGUUACAAAAAUUAAGUUCAAUUAUAAAUCCAUCACCAGAUCAAUUUUUCAGUGUAGCAAUAAGACAUCCAUUGAAAAAAAAUGUUGCACUUAUUGUUGGUAUUGUAAAUAUUCAAACAGAUAUUGAUUUUAAAGAUAAUUGUUUAAAAAUAAUAAAACAAUGCUUUAAAUAUUGUCUUGGAUUAUUUUUAUCAUCACUUAAAUAUGAAGAAGAAAAAAGAUUAAAAGAACAAUGUCAAGAUCUUUUACGAAUAUCAAGAAAGUUAUUUUUACAUCUUGGUGAUUUACCAGAUUUAUUAAAAGAAAUAAUGAUUGAAGCAAGAAGAUUAACAAAUGCUGAAAGAUGUUCAUUAUUUUUAUUGGAUACUGAAAAUAAUGAACUUGUUGCUAAAGUAUUUGAUGGUCAAUCAUUAAUGACAGAUGAAAUGCGUUUAUCAGUUGAUCAAGGUGUUGCUGGUAAAGUUGCAAAAUCUGGAAAUCUUUUAAAUAUAAGAGAUGCAUAUAAUCAUCCACUUUUUUAUUCUGGUUUUGAUGAAGCAACUGGAUUCAAAACAAAAAAUAUAUUAUGUUUUCCAAUACGUGAUGAAAAAGGAAUAGUAGGUGUUGCACAAUUAUGUAAUAAAGUUAAUGGUCUUUAUUUUGAUAUUUGUGAUGAAGAAGUUGCAAUGGCAUUUAGUAUUUAUUGUGGUAUAUCAAUAAUGCACAGUAUUGUUUAUAAAAAAAUACAAGAUUCACAAGCAAGAAGUAAACUCAGUAAUGAAUUAAUGAUGUAUCACAUGCAGGUUGAAGAAGAUUCUGUAAUGAAUGUGGUAAAUUGUCAUGCUGAUCAUGUACUUGAAGAUUUUGAUAAAUUUUCAUUUAAUCCAAAAACAAUACCAGAACAACAUACACCUUGUUUUGUGUUAAAAAUGUUUGAUGAUUUGGAUCUUAUAAAACAUUGGAGAAUAAAAAGAAAAACAAUGAUAAAAUUUAUUUUGUAUGUUAAAAAAGGCUACAGAGAUGCACCAUAUCAUAAUUGGUUGCAUGCAUUUUCAGUAACUCAUUUUGCUUAUCUUAUGAUGAAAAAUUUAAAAUUAAUAAAUGAAAAAUACAUGACAGAACUUGAAGCAUUAGUAUUUCUUGUAUCAUGUUUAUGUCAUGACAUUGAUCAUCGUGGUACAAAUAAUUCAUUUCAAACACAAAGUGGUACUGUACUUGCUAGUUUAUAUAGCUCAGAAGGUUCUGUUAUGGAACGACAUCAUUUAGCUCAAUCAAUGUGUAUAUUAAAUACUGAAGAUUGUAAUAUAUUUGAAAGUUUAACAAGUGAUGAUUACAGUGAGGCUCUUGAUUUAUUAAGAAAUAAUAUAUUAUCAACUGAUUUAGCAUCACAUUUUCGUACAGUGGAAAUACAAGAUAAAAUUAUUAAAAAUGGAUAUGAUAAAAAUGAUUUAAAACAAAAAAAAUCAAUUAAUGCAAUGUUUAUGACUUGUUGUGAUAUAAGUGAUCAAACAAAAGAUUGGCUAACAUCUAAAAAAACAGCUGAACGUAUUUAUGAUGAAUUUUUUUCACAAGGUGAUCUUGAAAAAAGUAUGGGAACAUCACCUAUUGAAAUGAUGGAUCGGGAAAAAGCAUCAAUACCAAAAUUACAAGAACAAUUUAUAUCAAAUCUUGUAUUACCAUUAUUUAAAAAUUUAGCUAAAUUAUUUCCAAAAGCAAAGAUUAUUGUUGAUACAAUUAUUAAAAAUCGUGAUAUUUGGCUUGCUGCCAUACCAAUAUUUAAUGAUUACGGUAAAAAAGGAAUUAAAAAUAUGGAUAUACUUAUUGAUACAAAUAUCGAAAAGGAAAUAUUACAAGCCUAUGAAAAACACACAAAUUCCAUUGAAUAAUUUUAGUUAUCAAUGAGCAAUAAUUGCCUGCAUCAUUACCAAAAAUAAAAAAAAAAAAAAAGCAAAUAAGAUAUAUUUAAUAAAAUUUUACAAGUAAUAAUAAUAAUAUUAAUAAUUGGCAAAAAUAAUGCUGAUAUUAUCAAAGAAAACUUAAAUUGUUUUAAUAAUUUAUAUAAAUUAAUUGCGCUGGCGCAUUUAUUUAUUAUUUAUAUUAGAUAAU